AAAUUGAUGCCUGAAGUUUUAUUUGAUCUGAGAGACUGUCUGACCUUGCACGCUAUUCAUGCCAGCAGACGUGACUGUGAGUUUCCGAGACACGCAUGUCUGUGUCCAAUUAUAGCUAAAUUCGAUUCAUUCCAUCCGACGAGGUGCUAUUGUUAAGUGAACGUACAAGAUGCCACCUGUGAUAAAUAUUACCGUGGAAAGAGAAUAUGAAAAAAAUCCCGAGAUAAGUUCGGAAGACGUCAAAAACAUAAGAGAGUGGAUGCUGACUCAACCACAUUUACCACAUGAACAUAUUACUGAUCUUGACAUAAUAUUGGCAUACCACAGAUGUGACCAAAAUAUACAAAAUACGAAAAAGUUAAUCGAUCUUAACUUUUCGUUAAGAAAUUUGUUUUCGUUUUAUCAAAACAGGAAAAUAAACAAAUCAUUGGAAAAUGCCUUGGAAACUUGGUUGAUAAUGCCAUUGAAAACUCGGACGACAAAGGGAUAUCGAACUGUUUAUUGCGAAAUAUUAAACACUGAACCGGACAAAUUUGUAUACAGCGAUGUAGUCAGAGCCUUUGUAAUGAUAAUGGACCUCUGGCAACUGGAGGAGGGCACUGCAGUAGGCCUCGUCGUGAUCCUCAACAUGGACCAGGUGUCGAUGGGCCAUUUGUACCAAAUAGAUCUCACUGUGGCCCAACAACUUUUCUAUUUUUUACAGGAAGCAAUGUUCGUACGACUAAAAGAGUUCCAUAUUAUUAACGCACCGAAUUUUGUGGACCGGUUGUUAGCCAUGUUGAAACCGUUCAUGAAGAAGGAAUUACUACAAACGCUGCGAAUACACACCGUCGGUGCCAUGUCUUUGGAGGAACACUUCUGUAGCGUGGAGCUCUCGAAAGAAAUACGGGAAAUCAAUGGCGUAGAAAUCAGUAAUCAAAUGUGGAACAAACUAAAAGAAAAUGAAGAGUUUUUCGAAGAAGAAUCUAAAAAGCGAGUGAAUGAAGCUAAGCGGCCUGAAGAAUCGUUAUCAAUGAGUAAAAUAUUCUGCGGUAUAGAGGGUACUUUCAGGGACUUGCAAAUAGAUUAAGUUCUGAUGAUAAAUAAAUACCAAGGAAGGUAGACUUGUGUGCUCAUUACUGCACCAGGCAACAAUAGGGGUGUCAUAUAUUGGGCAUAAGCAUAUCUGAAACGCUAACCCUAGUAUAUUAAUGUUAAACUAAUCUAGAAGAAGAUAAAAAUUAC